UGCCUAGCAUCUAGGCAGAGGACUCUGGAUAGUUUUUUUAAAAACAUUUUUUUACCCGUGUAUCAAGGAAACGCGGACAUUUCUCUCCUCUCAUUCUGCCUCUCAGCUGUCCGUUCACCACUACUCGCAGUCCAAGAAAAAUGCCAAACAUGCCCCAGACCGUGACUCUUAAGGGACCCUCUCCUUGGGGUUUUCGUCUGGUAGGAGGACGGGAUUUCAGCACACCGUUAACCAUCUCCAGGGUAACACCAGGCAGCAAGGCCGCUCAAGGUGACCUGUGUCCGGGUGACACCAUCCUGGCUAUCAACAAUGACAGCACAGAGCACAUGACCCACAUGGAGGCUCAGAACAAGAUCAAAACCUGCAUUCAGCAGCUCACACUCAGCAUCAUCAGGUCGGGAUCAGGAGACAGAGUGUGGUCGCCAACAGUUAGUGAAGAUGGCAAGACAAGCCCUUACAUGGAGCCUGACUCACAGAAUUUCCGGCCCAUCACCAGCGGAUACGGCGGUUACAGUCGUAAACCUUCGUACACCCCUGAACCCCAGUCGCCGCCAAUUCCCCUGUCACCCCAGCCUCCUCAGCCCACUCAGCCCACUCACCUGAAUAACGGACACUCCAGACCAAACAACGGCCACAGCUAUGGAUAUGGGAACGGAACCGGGCAUGCUCAGUACAACAACCCUGCAGGACUUUACUCUCAUAACGGCAGCAACGGAGACAGGUCUCUGCCAAGCAAGAUGGGAGGUCUCAGCCUCAGCGCCACACACAGCCCAGAGCCUCCCAUGCAGUCCCCUGGGGGCCGUAAUGGUUUUGACACACAGUCAGAUGUCUACAAGAUGCUGCAAGACUACGAGGAGCCUGUCUCUGAACCCAAACAGUCGGGCUCCUUCAAAUACCUCCAGGGAAUCCUGGAGGCAGAGGAUGGAGGUGUGUCUCCAACGGACAGAAUGAGAAACUUAAAGUCUCCAGUCAGAUCUCCAAUCCCCAAGCUUGGAAGCCCCAUCCCCAGCCCUCUGCCUGGUCUCCAGAAGCUACCCCAGUGCACACGCUGCUGUAAUGGUAUUGUUGGCACCAUUGUGAAGGCCCGGGACAAGCUCUACCACCCCGAGUGCUUUGUGUGUGAUGACUGCGGCAUCAACCUCAAGCAAAGAGGCUACUUCUUCAUCGAGGACAGUCUGUACUGUGAGACCCACGCCAAGGCACGCGUCCAGCCCCCAGAGGGCUAUGACGUUGUUGCUGUUUAUCCCAACUCCAAGGUGGAGCUUGUCUGAGAUGGAGAUGGAGCUGGCUAUACUGUAAUAUAACUGGGAAACCAAAAUAUGGGAGAAUAGGGCUACUGAGUAUCCUAGCCAAGAUUUAUCAGGCUCUGUCACGCAGGAAUCCUGAUCUUGGAUCAAUUUUGCCUCUUGGUUGUUUAGAGUCGUAUGAAAUUUGUGUUUCAGUGAUCUCAGAUCAGAAUUUUUACACUGACAGACUUGCUAAUUGCUAUGUAUAUUGAGCAUAUUGAAAUACGGUGACAGAAAAAGGGUUGAAUCUGAUGAGAUUUCUAAAACUCCAAUGCAUUAAAUCACUGACAUGGUAGGCUAUGUCCUGACCUGACAGCCCUCAUCUCUCAAUUAGAGUGUUUACAUUGAAUGUAGAUACAGUACAAGCAACUUACUGACCUAGUUAAGGUAAUAUUCAGAACAGUUGUUCAUAUGAAGCUUCAUCACAAGCACAGCAUAACACAAGAAUAUCCCAUGUACAUGUUAUAACAAAGACAUGCACAGAUGGUAAAAGUCAGCAUAAAACUGAAUGAGAUGUUUGUAAAGUAACUACACCAGCAUUUUCUAACAAUCCAGAAUGAAAUUCAAUGUUGCAUGACGACUCUCAUUCAAGCCUUAAAAUGACUAGAAUACGUUUGGGUUUAGUUCUCACGUGAGACUUCUGAGUUGAUUAGUGUGUUUGCCGUGAAGAACUGUGCAGAGGAGUUAGUGGGUUUGUUCUGACUUUUAGCUUUUAUAGCAACAGUUUCCACGCAGCACACAGCACGACACAAUGUCAGUCUGCUUUUCAAAGCAUUUAAGUUAUAUAUUGUUCAUGUUUUGGUUAAGGGGUUUAUAGGUUUCAUUGUCUGUUUAACUAUGUUACAGUUUCCAGUUAUACUCCUGUUUCUUAUGGACUUAUGCAUUUGUACUGCAUUUUUACAUGUACUGUAUGCAGUUUACUUUUCAGACUUUCAGACUUAGUUUUUAGACAUCUCAGUUUUUCUGCUCACUUCUCAGUUUUAUAAAACAUUAAGCAAUAAUGAAUAAUAUGCAGUUCUUUAACAGAUGUAAUGUGAGGGAAUGCCAGUGUGCUUUGGUGAAUAGGUUUACUGCACUAUAACCUAUAGUAAAUGCCUUCAUAUGCAACUAUGCAAGCACCACCUUCUGAAAUGUAAACAAAACUUUCCUGGACCACAUCUAGAAUUUUGAAUUACUCUCAGAUGUGGUCACAACAACCUCUUUUCAUAAACAACUAAUUGUAAGAAACUAGACUUAGGUGAUGAAAUAACUUAUGGACUUCAUGCAUGCACUAAUGAUACUUUGAGCAGGCGUGAUACACAUUCACAUAAGAUCCUUAACCAAAGUCCAGCACCUGACUGAGAGAGGAAUUUCAACUAUCACUCAUGUUCACACUGAAGAAUUCCUGUUCAUAAAGUCAACAGCAUGGAGUUCACUGGGUCUGUUUAUUAAAAACACUACGGGUUGACACCAAUAGGCUCUCUGCCUCUCUUGACAACUUUUAAAAAUGGUUAUGUGCAUUUUGAGACAGGAGACACAGCCAUAGAAAACCUCUGGAAAGUAGUAAACCGGGACUCCACAGCCUAAAACAUGUGGGAGUAAUAUUCACUGUGUUUAGUUUUUUGGACCCACUACACAGAUACAUUACGAUUCCUCUUUGGAAGAGAGGAAAAAGUCACAAGUUGGAAGUAUGCAUAGUUGUAUUCCCUUCCUACUAUUAAUUCAGAUUUUUGGUCACAACCAAGUCCAUGAAGCAAAUGAAAUAUAUAUUUCUACAUGAGCAGAAAAGGCGAGAGUAAGUGAUAAAGAGAAAUAGGGGAACAGCAUGUAUUUUCAUUUCUUGAGAGAAAGAAAGAAACGUGUUAUUAUGACUGUAACAUGUGGCCAUCAGUCUUGGCGUAUUGUGAAUAGUGAAGUAAGCCUGGUGUAGAAGAGUGGUCUUAUUCUUAAUUUUAGAUUUAUUUU